AUGCCUGCUUCUGCAAGAGACGACAUUAUCUUGAAUAUUCAUUCGCUACUAAGGUUCAUGCAACUCGAGGUGUCCUUGCAAGUCUGCUUCGCUAGCGAUAAAACCCCUCAAUCGAGCGUAGCCUAUUUUCCCGUGUCGAUCAUGUUACAUUUGCCUCAUCGUAGCGAAGUUUCACCGGAAACUUUACUAGCGAUUCCACAACAAGAGUGUGACAAGGCUUGUUUGAUUAUUUCCCCUCGACCACACUCGAUCUCUCUUGAGCAAGGUGUGAGUAGGGUGGUUGAGAGCCUUACACAAGUAUAG